AUGAAUUUCUCCGGAGUUUUCCUGCGGACCUCCCGGGUCUUGUUUGCCGCUGAUGGCUCGGCUGCCGGCUCGAAGGCGGCGAGGAGCAUGCCGGGCAUUCGGUUUGGCAAUCCCUGGCGAGAUGACUACCCCGAGUGGAUCUGGAAGAGCCUGCGGGUUAGCAGGAAAGAUAAAGACAUGUUCGCACCAUUUUUCAAGCUCUUAAAUGCAACCAAGUUGUACGAAUAUUGCCUCAAGGACAAUCGACGAUACUGCGCGUUCGUUAUGGGCGUUGGACUCGUCAGCUCCUGGAUGUGGAGCGAAUGGUGGAACUCCGUGUGGAGACGCAUCAACAAAGGGAAACUCUACAACGAUGUUCCCUACGUCUAUCCGGAGGAGGAGUAG